AUGCACCACUGGAUAGCGCUAAUACUGCUCCUUUGCGGUACAGCGAACCGGACGAAGGUAAAAGCAGCCAACGACAAAGCACUCACAAAGAAUGGCUUGGAGCAGGUUUGCGAUAUUGCGGCAGAAGUCAGGGCCAAGGAGCAGGUUCACGCCGAUGGCCUAACGGCGGCAGCAGACAAGCUAUCGGCGAACCAAGCCGUCUUGGCCAAGGUACGGAUACUAAUAGCAGCAGCUUCGACCGCCCAAGAGGCACUACAACUACAAGCAAUCAGCGCCGCCCUGCACAGAACAGCAGCAGAGGAAGCAGCCAAGUUUACUAAAGCAACCGCAAUGUUGGCAAUAGAAGCUAUAAGGCGGAGCAACUACUUGCUCCGCGGCCUCUACGAGUAUCUGAAUAUAGCGGGACAAGCAACAAACGCCAACACCAACGGUUGUUUUGCAGAUGACGAAAACGCAGGGACUUUAUACACAAGCGACCAACUCGCGGCGCAGGUAGCAAAUUGCAAAGCGACCGACCUCGGACACACAACAGGAUGGCAAGACAAAAGUGCGCAUCGACCAGGGGGGUACAAACGCAAAACAGACAAAAACAACCUAUGGUCGACCAACGCAAAAGGCUGCAAAAUACACGGCGGCGGCAACAACAACGGCCCGGUAGAAAGCGCAACCUACGGCGCCAACAAACACGUAGCUAUGGGGCUCAUCAGUCUAAGCAGCACGGACGCCCAACUCACGGACCUCAGCAGCCUAGCAGGGCCAGAAGGCGAUUCUAAGAAAAGGCAUGCCGAAAAAUCAUUCAACAAAUUGUCACAGCCGGCACUUGUAAUAAACACCAUCGAGCUUCCCGACAAAAAUGCCCUGAAAAACCUUGCCAACUUUGACGCCACGCUUGCAGCAGCCGUUGGCGCCAGCAAACCCUUCAGCGGACAGGAAAAAGAGCAAGCAAUGGAAAAACUGUACGGCAGCAAAGACCCAGAUCCAACAACAAUGUUCUGGAAUAAACUGAAAACAAUGACGCUAGCAGAGGACUCCCACGGGGUUACGAAGGGGACGAAACUUGCUGAGAUCAGUAACCUACCCUUACUCACUGAACUAGAAACAAACUACACGAUCAACAAAGCCAUUCAAAGAAACAUCCCUACAGCCGCGGAUGCUUGCAACUGUUCGUCAGCCCAACCGACACCAGAGGAGAAACUAUGCAAUGAGGCGACAGGUGACGAAGGAAAAUGUGAAACUCUAAAGGAGAAAGGCUGUAUAUUUGAUAGAAACACCAAAAAGUGUGAGUUAAAAAAGGAUGUGAAAGCACAACUAGAAAAAGCAAACCAAGAAACAGAAGGUAAUGAUGACAAAAAUACAAACACCACAGAAAGCAAUUCUUUUGUCAUUCAUAAGGUCCCUCUUUUGCCUGCAUUUUUGACUUCAAAUGAAAAAUAUUUAGAAUUUUUCUCAAUUUUAUAA